AUGUCUUCAAUCGCGAAUCACCAACUGACAAGUGAUGCUUGCCUGCCUUCGCCCUCGUCUCCGCAGAUCAUCGCCUUUCAAACGAUGCACUACUUCAUUCUAGCCUUGCUGAUCCCUUUGAGCCUCUCGCUCUUCGCCUCUCGGGAUGCGCUCACUUUUCAAGGCGGAGCGUUUAGCGUAUCCGCCGUGCUCGACUGGAGAGAGCUGCUGGGCGCCAAGUCGUUCGGAGCAUCACCUGAUUGGGCAGAUGCUUGGCUCACACCAGUAUCGCUGGACGGAGUGCCUGGUGCCGGUGGCUUGCAGCACGUUCCGCUGGAGCAGAUCACCAGACCGGCUCCUGGUCGAUCAGCUAGCCCUGCCAUUCGUCCCAUCAAGGCGCAAGAUUUAGGAGACGAGUGGGAGCUGAGGGCUGCGGAUCCUAGCCGCAAGUGGGCAACAUGGUUAGCGUGGAUCGUGGCUGGAGUCUUGGAGUAAGUGAAAGGCAGCGGAAGCAUAAGCAUAAGCAUGCUUCGGUGCAUUUGGCCCGUCCCGUCGUUGGUUGCGACGAGAGUGACUGAUCGCCGCACUCUUGCAUAGCAUGCAUCUCUUGCUCUUCUUGAUUCGCAAGCCUACUGCGAUGUUGGAUCACGUCUUGACCUUUCACCUCUUGCACCUCAUCAUAACUACGCUCUGGGUCAGGUCGGUGCCAUCGUGGUGGUACUAUGCGCUCGCAGCUUUACACGCAGCUGGCUGCGUCGUCUCCUCCGAAGCUUUCGCAGUCAAAAGAGAGAUGCGAGACGGCUUCAACACGCCCGUGUGGGAUGUAGACGAUCUGGCAGAUCAACAGCAACAGCAGCAGCAGCAUGGCGAAUCAUCACGCAGGGACACUUCGCAAGUUGGCGCUACCAGCAGCAGCAGGGCGUCUCGACAACCGAGUUUCGUAGUCGACGAGGACGACACGGACGACACGAGCCAGACGCUGUUUGAAGCGCCAUCUCAUGUCGUCGCUUCGAACGAGGACGAGAAGGGGUUGGAGCACAUGGAGCUGAAACCUAUAAACAGGCGCGAUUAG